AUGCCUGCCGUCCUCGUCCACCCCAUCCCUCACUGGACUCCUGCUCCUGUGACUAAAGAGCCCCUCAAAUGGGCAGAGCUCGAAGUCAUCGAUCUAGAGAAAGCCAAAACCAUCGAAGGGAGGGCUGAACUUGUGGUCAAAGCGCGUGAUGCGAUGCACAAACAAGGAUUCUUCUACGUCGUCAAUCAUGGACUGGAGAAGGCGCAGGCUAGUCUUUAUCCUAACAGACUUGGGCCCUGGACGUAUACAUCGGCGGAACGAAUUUUCGAUAUCGCCGCUGUACCCUUCGAAGGUGUCCCUCCUGAGGAGAUGAAACCGUAUGUAGCAGACAUCAAAGCAACGGGGGAAUACGAGGGCUACAAGCCUAUGCAGUACUGGCACAUUGACAACGGUAUUCGUGAUCGCCUGGAACAGUAUAACUUCAACCGCAACGUGAAUUACAAGAAACACCCGUCAGCAUUACGCCCUCUUUUGCCUGAGAUCCAGGAAUUUGUCAGGUUUGACCAUGAGAACGUCGUUCAUGAGAUAGAAAGAUUGCUUGCCCUGGGGCUCGGGCUUCCAGAAGAUACACUUACAAAGAUCACAUCUUUCAAUAGCGAAAACAACGGCUACUUCAACCCGUACGAAGAUGGUGAAUGGUGUUGGGUGAAGCAUAUAGAGAACGCCUUGAUACUCCGUGCUGAUACACUUUUCCCUGAGGUUGUAAACUGUGGAGACUCCAUGAGUAUGAUCAGUGGAGGCUUUUACAAGUCUGCUGUUCAUCGAGUAGUACAACCUCCGUCUGACCAACACGGUUACCAGAGGCUCGGAGUGUACUACUUUUGUCAUUUCGAUGAUGAUAUACAGCUAGGACCUCUCAGAAGCCCUCUGUUGCAACCCACCAGUGCAAGAACGGCGAAAGAAACCGCUGAGGCAGCGCCUCCUAUCGUGAGAGAAUGGAGGAAGGCUAGGGUUGCUGCGUACGGAACAUCAGAGCUUAAGAAGAGCGCUGAGAAGGGCGUCGAAGAAGAGUUCAUCGAUGGGAUUCGUGUCAAACAUUACUCAUAA